AUGGAUGAUUAUCUGGAUUGCAUGAAAACGGUAGGCGAAGCCGUAUCGAUUGCAAAAACCGUGACAGAAGCAUGGAAAAGUUGUAGCUUUCGUUUAACAAAAUGGCUAUCAAAUUCUUGUGAAAUUCUUGAGUGUUUUCCAAGUACCGAAACCGCGUUCAACUUCAACCUAGAUUUAAACAAAUUACCGACUGAUAGAGUACUUGUUGUCAACAAGGCAUCACUUGAAACUAAAAGAGGUAUAUUAAGUUUAACAAGUUCAAUAUUUGACCCACUUGGUAUCUUAACACCAUUCAUUUUAGAAGGAAAACUUAUCAUCCAAUCUUUGUGGAAAUCCAAAGUAGACUGGGAUGAAGAAAUACCAACCGAAUUAAAAACAAGGUGGUUGAGCUGGAGAAGUGAACUGGAAAAACUAACAUCGAUCAACAUUCCUCGAUGGUACAAACUACAAUCCGUUAAUCAGUUGAUUCAACUACAUAUUUUUUCCGAUGCUUUAAUCAAUGCAUAUGGUGCUGUUGCAUAUCUACGUAUUCAGGAAACGCAUACUGUCAAUGUAACAUUCGUGAUGGGAAAAUACGGAGUCGCCCCGUUGAAUCCGAAAUCUCUCACAAUACCAAAAUUAGAAUUACAAGCUGCUUUCUUGGCUAGAAGAAUGAGAGAAUCAAAAUAUUCUGACGUCAAUUCGUGGCGUUUUGUACCAGGAACUCUAAACCCAACAGACAAUGCUACAAGAUAUGUACCACUAUCACCGACCGAGAAUUCCAGAUGGUUAACCGGUACAUUGUUCUUAAUCGAAGGGCAAUGCAAUUGGCCAGAUCAAAGCCAAAAUGUCAAUCAAAGUGAAGAGGACGCAGAUAUUACCAACUUUCAGUCAACCAGUAAUGCAAUACCAGAGAAAAAAUCCUUUAUCAAAUGGCAAAGUUAUUCCGAUUGGCAAAAACUCUGUCGCCACAUUGCGUGGAUUAUCAAAUUAGAACCAAAUUGGUUGUUAUUAAGGAGGGGAGGAUCUGAAAAAUUUGAUUACCUAACCGUUGAUGAAAUUGAAGCAACAAAGUUACAGUUGUAUAGCAUCUCACAACAAGAAUCCUACCCAUCAGAAUUCGAAAACCUACAAUCACACAAGGAACUACCAAAAAGAUCACCACUUGUAGCUUUGAGACCAAUGAUGCAGAACAAUUUGAUUCGUGUUGGAGGAAGAACUGGUUUAAUCGAUAUACUAUUUGAGUCGAAACACCAAGUGAUAAUCUCGCCGAAACACUACAUUGCACGACUCAUAAUUCAACACAUUCAUCAUACAAAAUCGAAUAUAUUUCAAACGACUCCUUUAAGCUCAACAGUGUUAUCAGUGAUCAUCCACCUACAUGAUAUGGAUUUGAUAUGGAUUAUGGAUUUAUAUUAUGCGAGAAGAGAAUAA